UAAGAACCUAAAAACAUACCAUGAAUGACAGAUAUGAAUUUCAAUUUAAUGAAACACUCAAAACUCAAAAAAUAAAAAUAAAUUGAAUUAACAAUUACCUUAAAGUUUGGGCACCCUCAGAACAACCUAUUUGAAUUCUCCACUGUUCCAGACUUGUAUAUUAUUGCAUAUAGCUAACAGUUACACUUGGGAGUGAUUUUAUUGCUAAAGUCUCUUCCAUGUGUUGAGUCACCCCUAUAAUUCCAACCGCUGCCUUCAUUCCUUCCCUUUGGCGCUUCGAGCUUCUGGAGUUUUCGGUUCUAUUCAUUCUGCGUUGUGCUAAGCUUUUGUUUCAGGGUAAAUAAUUGGAGAUUUUGGACAAUUAGGGUUUGGGACAUGCUAAAAUCAAACAACAUUCAAGAAUCAAUUUGUCCUCAUCAUUUAGAGUAAUUCUAAUGUGACAUUUAACGGACAUCUCAAUCACAUUAACAGUUCAUGUCAGAGGUGCCGUUAGUCUUACUAACAAAAAGAUGUAACGUAUUCACACUUCAUUUUCUGGAAAAUCUAAUUGUUACUUUUUCUUUCUUUAGGAUCUAACUUGUCCAAACGCGAAAUCCUCAUAGACCUAUUUGUCACCUUACUCAAACUUAAAAAUUGUCACCGGCCAAAGUUCUUUAGGCACGAGGUAAUUGCUUCCAUUUCACUCUCAAAUCCUUCUCACAAGUGUACCACACAUUUACGAGAGUUGUCCAAUUUCAACAUUAACCGCACUAAGUACAAAGUGUCUUUUUCUACUAGACAUUUUUAGAUGUUUCCAAUGUUAUCCUUUAUGUCUUGAAAGAUGAUAAGAAAUUGAGAUUAUAAAAUAUGAGCUUUCUAUAUGUCUAGCAUACCAUAUUAUCAUGUCAACGGAAAGCAAGUUGCAGUUUUGUUGAUAUAGGACAUGCAACUCAUACUCAUCACUUGUAUUGAAUCCAGCUUUUAGGUAGACAACAUAUGUAUCCAUCAAGUAUUAAUAUCCUACUGUUGAGUGUUUGAGGAAAACAACAACAUCGGUUUUCCAAUUAUUUCUGUUGGAUUCGGCAAAGAGCAUCAAAGCAGUUAAAACAUCUUUCAAACUUGAGGAAACAAUGUCAGGAAUGGAAAUUUGGCCAGCCGAAGACGAGUCUAGUGAGUCUCUACCACCAUUCAAUAACAGGAGUGGCUACGAUUCGAGAACUGGCAUCUACCACUCUCUUGUUAGACUUGGCACCAAGCAUGAGAUCCCAACAAAGCCUGAUCUCAAUGUUGCCCAUCUCGUGCUAUCGCAGUUCCCACAAGGAGACCUUGCAGAGGCAAGAAUAGCAUUCGUUGAUGCAGCAACUGAUAAGAGUUUGAGUUAUGGCGAGCUACGCAGAUCAGUAUACUCCCUUGCAUCAGCCUUGUUCCAUGGACUUGGGGUUAGGAAAGGGGAUGUGCUGUUUCUCCUAUCCCCUAACUCAAUCCUGUUCCCAACCAUAUGUCUAGCCGUGUUAUCAAUUGGUGCAGUUCUUACCACUGCCAACCCUCUUAAUACCGAGUCAGAAAUUGCCAAGCAGGUACGCGACUCAGGUUCUAAACUAGCCAUCUCAGCACCGGAGGAGCUACACAAAUUGGUCUCAACUGGGGUGCCUACAAUGCUCACAUAUUGUCCAUCUAACAGCGGAAUGCUAUCAGUUGAAGAGUUGAUAGAAGGCUGCUCUUGUUCUCUGGAGUUGCCGCAGGUUACUGUGGUUCAAUCAGACCCUGCUGCUAUACUUUACUCCUCAGGGACUACUGGGGUAAGUAAAGGUGUAGUUUUGACACACCAGAAUCUCAUUUCCACACUGAAACUUCUCUUCUGGUCUGUUGAUGUAAGUGCAUCUUCAGAUGAUGUCUUCUUGGCCUUCAUUCCGAUGUUUCAUGUAUACGGCCUGGUUUUCUUUGGAUUAGGAAUGCUGUGUGUUGGUGUUAAAAUAAUUGUGAUGCAGAAAUUUGACUUCCAAGCUAUGCUUCUUGCUAUUCAGAAGCACAAAGUUAAUAACUUACCGGCAGUGCCGCCAGUGAUCCUUGCUCUAGUGAAAUAUGCAAGCAAAGCUGGUUGUGACUUGUCCAGCCUCCGAAGGACGGGUACAGGUGCUGCGCCUUUGAGUAAGGAAGUGUCACGGGAGUUCAGAAAAAUGUUUCCAUGGGUUGAACUAAGGCAAGGUUAUGGCCUAACAGAAAGCUCAGCUGCAGCUACCUUUCUUGUGUCAGACAGGGAUGCUAAAGCUCGGCCAGACUCAUGCGGCCAGUUGCUUCCAACCUUUUGUGCAAAGGUCGUAGACAUUGAUACCGGAAAGCCUUUGCCUCCUCAAAAGAAAGGAGAGCUGUGGCUGAAAAGUACUACUAUUAUGAAAGAGUAUCUGGGAAAUUCGGAGGCAACAACCCUAACAGUUGAUUCAGAUGGCUGGCUGAAGACAGGUGAUCUCAGUUACAUUGAUGAAAGUGGAUUUGUUUAUAUAGUUGAACGGAUAAAGGAGCUGAUCAAGCACAAUGGAUAUCAGGUGGCUCCUGCAGAACUGGAGUCUUUAUUGCUAAGCCAUCCCCUUAUUGUUGAUGCAGCUGUUAUACCAGUUGAAGAUGAAGCAACUGGACAGAUACCAAUGGCCUAUGUUGUGAGAGCAGCUGGUUCUGAACUCUCAGAAGACCAAGUCAUUCAAUAUGUUGCAGGCCAGGUGGCUCCAUAUAAGAAAGUGAGAAGGGUGAGUUUCAUUGAAACUAUUCCAAGGUCAGCAGCUGGCAAGAUAUUGCGCAAGGACCUCGUUUCUCUAAGCAGACAACAACUUGUCUCCAAGUUAUGAGUAACCCAGGCAUAUAUGGUAGUGCUAUGGAAUGUUUGUGUUGUCUCUGGAUGGUGAAGGAAGUUCAAAACCCAAGUCACCCUAUUACAAUUGGAACAUGGGGAAUGAUCAUCUCCUUUUGGUGUUUACCUUUCUACCUUUUCUUUUUUUCUACCUGGUGCACAUGGUGGGGUCAUCAGUUGUCAUAAGAAGUUGUUUAUUCAAGCCUAGAGAAAUAUGGAUUUUGUGGAAUUUGAAAGCAUAGCUGUGAUAGUUUUGAACUUGUUCAUCUACUAGGAAACCAGAUAAAUCAAGGAAGCAAAGAAUUUAACUUUGUUACUCAAAAUAAAUCAUGUCCUUAAGAUCUUAUCGUGCCAUUUAUGAACUUUGUAUGGCUGUGUUGCCUUUUGAGAUUUUGUUUGCCAGUAGUAUUAGUACUACCGAAGAAUUUAGUUUGUAUAUGCUGUGGCUAAUUACCUCCUAUUCCCAAAGCUGCAAAAAAUUUCACUACAAAACCACUCCAAGUCCUAUAUAAAUUCCUCCUCUUUGAUCAGAAAGCAUGUUAUGAAAUUUUAACUUUUCAUUUUGUAUGGACGCCAAGAUAUGUACAAUAUUUUCCUAUCUUAUCCUAUAAUACAGUCAUAAAAUUAAAACGGUAAUGGAGAUAAUAUCACUAUAAUACAAUCAUAUAGGAAUGGUGGCUGCUAAAAAGAAAAAGAGAAAAAA